AUGAUCCUGUACCGCGUUGCCCUCCCCGACCCAUCUGCGCCCUCUCCAGCCCAGUCUCUCCCACCUUCCCUCUCCUCCGGCUCCUCUCCUCUCAAUCAUGGUACAACGCCCCCAACAGCAACGGAAGACGGCGGUCUCCUCCCACCACCAUCCUUCUCCCAGCUCAACCGCGCCUCGGUCUACUCAACGUCCGGCGACUCGAUCGUCUCAAUGGGCAGCGAUUCCAAGUAUCCUGCCGGCCUUGGCUUCGGCGUUGGCCUGGGCUUAUUAUCUCCUCAUCCGCAAGCAGGUGUCGGGAGCGGAGGAGGGCUGGUGGAUUACGCAUACGACCCGGAUGAGGACGACAGCGACGGAGAGGGCGACGAACCGGACCCGCUACACGACCUCGACUACCCGCCCCCUCCGUAUACUCGUGGACGGACCAAGGCUUCCGCGAGAGCAGGCAAGAGAUCGAGCGACGCCACGUCCUCGUCCACCCCAUCCUCCUCCUCCAACGGCAAGGGCAAGGAGAAAGCGCCCUCGACCUCCUCCCAACACAGCGUGCGCCGCGUCUAUGCAGGCGAAGUGUACGAGCCCUACCCGCCGCACCUCGCCUUCCUCUCUUCCUCCUCCGCACCCUUCUCGUCCCUUUCUCACCUCUCAUGGCGCGGCCUGAUCAACGUCUCCGCGAUCAUGCUGUUGUUACUCGCGUUAUUAUGUCUGUUCAUCGGGUUUCCGGUGAUCAGCAUAGUGAGGGACGAUGGGAGGAGUGUGUUGAUUACGAUGAAUACGAGGAUUAACUCGACGGGGCAGGCGGUCGCGUUCGAUUUUGACCCGGAGACGGGGGUGGUGGCGACGAGGGAGGAGGAGAGGAAGAGGGAGGAGAUCGAGGAUUUAGCAGGGUGGGCGGUGGAGAAGGACCUUUAUGGGAGGGAGGAGAUUGAGGAUGUUGAGCUGUGGGCUGUCGAGAAGGACCCAUUUGGGCGUCGCGAAGAGGUCCGAGAACAGAUUGAAGACCUCGAGUUGUGGGCGGUAGAGAAGGAUCCUUUCGGACGUCGAGAGCAACUUGAAGACGUCGGGCCAUGGGCGGUAGAAAAGGAUCCUUUCGGGCGGCGAGAGGAGGUUGAGGAUGUGGAAGGAUGGGCGGUCGAGAAGGAUGCUUUUGGGCGUCGAGAGGUGCAGGAGUUGCUUGGCUCGCCGUUGUCGCCCUUAUCACCUGCACUUCCUCAACCCAACGUUCAACUCAAGCCUCAACUUCUCGAAGCCAAGCCCGACACGUUCAUCGACCGCGCCACACCUCUCUCCGCACACACCCUGCACCUCAACGACGUCAAAGCCUUCGACACCCUCAACAUCCUCAGCACCCUCAACGUCGUCGACGCCGACUUCCAGCUUAUCGUCUCCAUGGAGUUCCUGUCGGGCCCACGUCCGAGCAGUGUGACGAUGGGACAGGUGUGUCUCGAUGUUGACGUAGCGCAUGGUGGGGGUGUGCUGCUCGAGGUUGGGUACGUUCGUCAACGCCAGGAUGGGUGGAAGGAGGAGGAUAGGAACGAAGGGGUUUUGAGCAGGAUACGUGGCACCGGCAAGAUGGGUAUGGGUGCGAGUGCUGGACGUGAAGAGGUAGAGGGAGAUGUGGGUCGUAACCACCAUGGGCAAAUUGGGCAGGAGAAGCAAGAGCAGGAGACGAGAGGCAGGGCUCUUUACUGGAUCAACUCCCGCGGUGACUCGAAUCUCGUACACUCGACUGAGGGGCUGGUAUCUUCUUCCCCGUCUUCGACGCUGAUUCUAGCAUCAGGAUCGGCCUCGGAGGAGAAGCGGCGCAAGCACAUCAAUUUCAGCCUCCUCCUCGACCUGCACCACCUCUCUCGCGAACCGGUCGAGGAUGAGCAAGGGCCCAAGGUCGAAUACGUUAGGUUCUACGCCCCAGCCAGCCGUGCUGGGGUGGUAUCCUGCGUCGCAGACAAGAUGGAGAGUGUAGUUGCUGAGCUGACGUUGAAUAUCGACACUGAGCGGAUGUCAUAA